AUGGACUUCACCUCAAGCGAAAUGGAUGACCGGACAAAACCAUUCGAUUUUGAUGUGUCUCAUAGGGAUCUUAUUCACCAGGUUGCAUUUGAUCACCAUGGUCGACGCUUGGCCACUUGCUCUAGUGAUAUGACAUUGUCAGUAUGGGAUCGAGGGUCUGAUGGAACUUGGACGAAGGCGGCAAGUUGGAAGGUCCAUGGAGGUGCUGUAUGGCGUGUUGUCUGGGCCCAUCCUGAGUUUGGACAACUGCUUGCCACAUGCUCUUAUGAUCGCAGUGUUCACAUUUGGGAGGAGAUUCGAAGUGGUCCCGGUGCAGAAGGUCGAAAGGGAGCACGCUGGGUUCGGAAGGCCUAUUUGACUGAUAGUCGAGCGAAUGUAACAGACAUCGCCUUUGCACCACGACACCUUGGUCUCAUGUUGGCGACGGUAUCUGCGCAAGGUGUUGUUCGUAUUUAUGAAGCUGCAGAUGUGAUGGACCUGUCCAGAUGGUCUCUGUGCCAUGAACUUCAGAUGUGGAAGCGUGGAGUGGAGUCGAUCACGAAUACAUCGACCUCUUUUGGCGAAGGUCGAAAGGGAGCACGCUGGGUUCGGAAGGCCUAUUUGACUGAUAGUCGAGCGAACGUAACAGACAUCGCCUUUGCACCACGACACCUUGGUCUUAUGUUGGCGACGGUAUCUGCGCAAGGUGUUGUUCGUAUUUAUGAAGCUGCAGAUGUGAUGGACCUGUCCAGAUGGUCUCUCUGCCAUGAACUUCAGGCAUUCUAUACAAGGUGUGGGAGCGUGGAAUGGAGUCGAUCACGAAUACAUCGACCUCUUUUGGCGGUUGCUUCAGAUGAUAAGCGUGCAGAAAACGACGAAAGGAUAGUGAUUUACGAGCAUAAUGAAAAUUUGAGGAAGUGGCAACGUGUCGUUUCGCUAAGGCUUGAUCUCGCAUUUCCGGUUACCGAUCUUCGAUUUUCACCCAUAGCUCUUGCUCAUUCUCACCAGCUAGCAGUUGCCGCAGGAGACGUUCACGUAUAUAAUAUCAAGAUACCCGUCUCAGCAUUUGUCGAUGAUGACAACGGUGCCCCAGAAAACGUUCCAACUGACGCUACUGAAUACUCUGCAACAAAGGUCGCAGUUCUCGGAGAUGAGCGUCAUGCAUGGCGUAUAAAGUACAAUGUGACGGGUACGGUGCUAACGGCAUCGAGCGGCGAUGGCACGAUUCGGGUGUGGAAAGCGAUGUUCGUAAACCAAUGGGCAUUGCUGGCCGAGAUGUCAUCGGAAGACUACCUGGAGGAGCGUGAACUGUUGAAAAUGAAAGGUGUACUGUCAGAGACUGGUCGAGGUGACGGAGAGAUGUUCCACCGAAAGACCUACUAUUGA